AUGGUCAUCAUCGACAUUGGGACAACCGCACACGAAAACAAAGCCGAUGUGCGAGCCGGCGGAGAAGACAGUCAGCAGGGGAAGGGGUCUAACGAAAGUGCCGGGGGAGACAACGCCCGCGGAAGGCCGAGAGGCGAAUCGCCCCACCUGCCGACCUACACAGGAAACGGGUACAGCGUAUCCACUCCCACAGGGAUGCCAUGGCAGACAGACUCAGUUGCCGCUCUAAGUGAGGCAAAAGUCGGCGGAUGUUGGCCUGGUAGUCCGCGUUCGGCAAUGUUCGCCAUUGAUCAGGGGGAGAGGCGGGUUGACUCCGAGAUGGGACGAGCGGAGACAGAGGUUGGGCAGGCGGAUGUGUGUUUCGUUGGCCAGCGAGGGCGCCGUCUUGUGGGGGGUCACGGGGCCACAAACAUGCGAAAGGGUUGCGUGGCCCCAUGCGAAGGGGGGGGGGCCGUAAAAGUAUUCGUGAGGACACUCCUGAAGCGUGCGGGGUGGGAGGCGAGUGCCAAAAAAACGAGAGUGAACAGGAAGGCCGGAGUCUUUUCGUAUAGGACGCCUACGUUGAAGGAUGGCGGCCUGAGUCAAGCGGGAGGGCCCCCCUGCAGAGUGCUUGGCAGUGAGGCACCCGUGGACCACCUGUCGUUGGAGGGCUGUAGAGGCCGGGAUCACAGCGUGGUGGGCGGAACAGACCUGUCAGGCUGGUGA